CACUUAAUAUUGAAGAUAAAAGGCCAAAAAUUUUACUGAAUUUUCGAAUUUCUGUCGAUGAUGUAGAUCAAAUAUGUAAUCCAAAAAGUGAUGGUAACUGUGGAUUUAGAGCAUUUGCUAUUGCUAUUCGAGGAAAUGAAGAAAACUGGAAUCUUGUUAAACUGGCUAUGAAUGGUCAAUUGAAUAAGCAUAUAGAAGUUUAUAAAGACUGGCUGGGUUACGACAUUAAUUUACUCAAACGGAUAUUAGAGUCUCGGGCAUCACCAUGUACAUCUUCACUUUGGUUUUUGUUACCUGAUUGUGCACAAUUGGCUGCUGAUACUUUUUCUGUUCCUAUUGCUAUCUUUGAUGAAAAGGAUGAACAAUGCGCAAUGUUUUUUCCAUUAGAAUCAGCACCAAUACAUAGAAAAAAUCCGAUU